UAACAAUCACAGAUAGUGAAGACACCGACUCUGCAGGACACGGAAUCGGGUUUGUCCGCACCGACACCGUGCAAUGAGGAGACCUGAGAAUCUGGAGAUGGAGUCAGAGCAUUCUUGUGAGGACAAUGUAUAUGCCAACACGUGUGAUCUUGAUGUACAGAGGAUGAAGAAAACACUAAAAGUCAAAGAGUCUCCGCCUGCCAAGAGUACACAGAACCGGGCGAUACUGACCCUGGGGGUCCUCCUAAUAUUGGUCUUCAUUGCUUUGGUCAUCCUCACCAUUUUCUUGUUCAUUUACUACAAACGUAUAAAUGAAGAAAUGUCACAUCUGAAGAAUAGCGAUAAAAAUAUGGAAGAAAUGACACAACUGAAGGCUAAAUAUAAAAAUACUGAAGAUGCAAUUUCACAGCUGAAAAGUAAUAAUAAAAAUCUUGAAGAUGCAAUUUCACAGCUGAAGCGUGAUAAUAAAAAUAUUGAAGAUGCAAUUUCACAGCUGAAGAGUAAAGCAAACAGUUCCUGCUGCCCCAAAGGCUGGAUACCGAUUGGCUCCAAAUGCUACUAUUUCCAUGAAACUGAGGAAACUUGGGAGAGGAGCCGGGAGGAAUGUCCUAAGCAUGGCGGCGUUCUUCUGAUCCUGAAGGACAAGGAUGAAUUGGAUUCUUUGCUGCCCUUCAUGGAAGGAGAUAGAUACUGGAUAGGACUACAGCGGGACACCAAGAACAGCGAUCGCUGGCUGUGGGUAGAUGGGACCCCUCUCACGUUCAGUGCGUGGGACAAAGGGGAACCCAAUAACGAUUACGGUCGUGAAAACUGCGCAGAGAUUAAGAAAAACAUUCGGUCAAUGAAUGACAUCCCGUGUGACAACAAGAAACAUUAUAUAUGCAAAGCUCUGUCGAGGGGCUGAGAUACGCUCUGUAGACUAUGAAGUCUCCUAUCUGUAUGAUAUCUGCUUCCAUUCUGUACCGGGAGUUCCAUGACUGUACUAGGAGGUUGUGGAAAACCAUUUGCUUUUGCUCCAUGUUUUAUUUACAUUGAUUGAGCCCAUACGCUAUGGGGUCUAUAUAUAUAUAUAUAUAUAUAUAUAUA